AUGACUGGCAAAAACUACACUGCUGUAACAGAGUUUUUUAUUUUAGGGUUAACAGAUGACCCAAUACUUCGUGUCUUCUUCUUUGUGGUGUUUUUAGGGAUCUAUGUUGUCACUUUACUUGGCAAUCUCAGCAUAAUAAUAUUGAUCCAAAAGUGCUCCCAACUUCAUACUCCAAUGUAUCUUUUCCUCAGCCACUUGGCUUUUGUGGAUAUUGGAUUUUCUUCAUCUGUCAUGCCUGUGAUGCUCACAAACUUUCUGGAGGACAUAACCUCAAUCCCUCUGGGAGGUUGUGUGGCCCAGCUUUGUUCUGCAGUCACCUUUGGGACAACUGAGUGCUUCCUACUGGCUGUCAUGGCUUAUGAUCGGUAUAUGGCCAUCUGUAACCCUUUGCUAUAUUCUACUAACAUGUCUACUAGGGUCUGCACUUUAUUAAUCAUCAUGUCUUAUGUGGGUGGUUGCAUGAAUGCUUGGACCUUUACUGGUUGCUUAUUGAAUUUGUCCUUUUGUGGACCCAAUAAAAUCAAUCACUUCUUCUGUGACUACUCACCCUUGCUGAAACUUUCUUGUUCCCAUGUUCCUCUUGUUGAAAUUCUUCCUUCUUUCUCUUCAGGCUCGAUAAUUGUAAUCACAGUUUUAAUCAUAACUAUCUCUUAUGUAUACAUCCUCAUCUCGGUCCUGAAGAUACACUCCACUGGGGGGAGAUCCAAAGCUUUCUCCACGUGUACUUCCCACCUUACUGCUGUUACUCUGUACUUUGGGACUAUUACAUUCAUUUAUGUUAUGCCCAAGUCAAUAUAUUCAACUGAUCAGAAUAAAGUAGUGUCUGUAUUCUACACUGUAAUGAUCCCCAUGUUGAAUCCCCUGAUCUACAGUCUGAGGAACAAGGAAGUGAAGGGGGCCAUGAAAAAAUUGAUCGGCAGAAAACACUUAUUUUUAUAA